AUGUCUAAGCAAAACGACAAUAAUGUGUAUAUGUAUACAUCCCAAACACAUGGAUAUGAUUCUAUUUUACUAGGUCCAAAAAGGCUUAUUGUGAUCAGCAGUGCAUGUAUCAACUUCCUCCGAUUCAAAUCAAGCCAUGAUGGCCUCAUUCAAGAAAUUCUGGAGAAAAUAGAAACCAGGAAGAUGCAACACAGUGAAUUGCUCAAGAAUAAUGAAGAAAGUAAGAAAAAAUUGGAAAUUGCCCUUCAGAUACAAGCAAAGAAUGAACCAGAAAGGGAAUCUUUGAUGAAGGAUUCAGAGGAAAUGAGAGAGAAAAUAAGUGCAAUCCAGGGAGAGAGCCAGGAAAUAUUGCAGGUCAUAGCAGAACGAAGGGCCAAGACUGCGGAAAUUAGAGCCGUGAAGGCUCAGACAAAUUGUGAAAUUGUGAAAUUGAAGCAGCAGAAAGAGAAGUUGCAACAGAACAUUGUUCAGUCUCCUGAGAAGACGAAGGAAAAGAUGAAAUCAAUGAAGGAGAAGGUGAAGAAGAUGAAGGAAGAGAUCCAGAGGAAAGAGAGUAAUUUGUCAGAUUACAGCAACAAGGUGAGCAACAUGAAGAACUCUGAGCACAUGCAAGAGCAGACCUUACAUCUCCUGCAAACCAUGGAAGAGGAUAUGCAAAAACAUGAGGAAAUCAAGAAUGAGAUUAAAGCAUCUAUGAAGCUGAGCGUUGUGAAUUCCAUGAAGUUGAAGUCAUUCCAGUUACAACAGAGCGAAUUGGUUGAUGCCCAAGCACUCAUCCAGGAGAGACUUGAAAAUUUCCAGACUCAGAAGAGAAUUCGUUUACGUGACUUAGAUGCUCAUUCUUCUGCACAAGAUCAACAGAAUAAGAGUGUUAGAGAAGCGCUGCAGAAAGCCAUACAGAAGAAGGAAGAAUUCUUGAAAGCGAGGCAGCUGCUACUGGACAGUUUGAAAGAUUCUACAUCUAAGUGCACCAAGACAACCAACACUGUCAUCAAGAAUUACUCAGACAUUUUGCAAGAGUUGGAUAAAUACCAUCUCUUUCUAAAGAAGAACUUGGUUGUGGAUUAAGGAGGUCAUUCUUAGUUUCCCUGUACCACCACUGCUACUACCAUCUGUACCACCUAUUUCUGAAGAAGACCAAAUAAGCUGACCACUGCUACAAUCACAACACCACUACCACUAUAUCUACUACUACUACAUCAAAGACAUCAUUUUCAAAUUGUAAAUAUUUCUUGAUAUGUGUGUGUGCUUCUGUCUAUUUCUGUGUGUUUGUGUGUGUCUCUUGCACACACACACACACACACACACACUUUCCUAUAUAUAUAUAUAUAUAUAUAUAUAUAUAUAUAAUCAUCAUCAUCUUUCAUACUGGCAUGGGACAUAAAUGCUUGUGUGGGUGGAGAUACAUGAGUAUGUAUAUUUGGAUGGAUUUUAAUGAGUAGAAUAAAACUGAACAGUGUAAUUGUUUUUUUAUUAUAACAUCAUCAUAAAUUACAUAAUUGUUACUUGUUCCACUAACGAAUACUAGUAGAUUAUGCAGCAAUCAUUACAUGGAUGAUAGCAUAACACUGAAGUGUUAGAUUUUCAGAAGAAAACAGUAAUUCAAUCUGGUUUUAUUUACCAAUGUCAAUUAGUUGGUAGUUCUAGAUAGAACUGCGAAAAAACUUAAGAGAGUGAUCUUUUUACAGAAGAUUAUUUUUUAUUUUAUCAGUGAAAUAGAGAGAGAGAAAGAAGUAAUGAAGGGUAUUUUAGUCAGGAUGUCUUGGGGAAAAAAAGAAAAUCAAAUCCCUAAGCUAUCUUAGUUAACAAUGAUAAAUGGUUUAGGUCAGUGGUGCUUAACCCUUUUUUUUAUUUGUGAACCCCUUUAAUGCCUAUUUUAUUCUGGUGAAGCCUUAUAGCCAUUAUAUGUUUUAAAUGUAGUUUUAUAAUUGUUUCUUUCAAAAUUCCUAUUUUGUUUUUCACACAUUAAGUUGGUCUGUGUAAAACAUUAGAAAAAGAAACCUAGCUGUUUCCUGCAAUACAUACACCUAAAACAAGUGCCCUGGCACAUGCAAGGACAUUCGAGCGAGAUCGUUGCCAGUGCCGCUGGACUGGCUUCCGAGCAGGUGGCACAUAAAGGACACCAUUUUGAGUGUGGCUGUUGCCAGUAUCACCCGACUGGCCUUCGUGCCGGUGGCACGUAAAAGCACCCACUACACUCUCGGAGUAGUUGGCGUUAGGAAGGGCAUCCAGCUGUAGAAACUCUGCCAAAUCAGAUUGGAGCCUGGUGUAGCCAUCUGGUUUCACCAGUCCUCAGUCAAAUCGUCCAACCCAUGCUAGCAUGGAAAGCAGACGUUAAACGAUGAUGAUGAUGAUGACCCUUAAUAUACUACUGUAAAUCCCCAAUUUGCUAUUUUGCUAUUUUACUUGCAUAGACCUCCUUUGAUUAUUAUUUUAUUCUGGUGGAUCCCCAUAGCCAUUCAGUGUUUAAAAGCUAGUUUUAUAGACACUCCUUUCAAAAUAACUGUUUUGUUUUUCACAUGUUCACUUGUGUAGGUUUGUAAAUAGUUCUCUUUGAGAGAAUGUGUUUCAGUGGCUGGAAACAUGUUGAAAGAUGGAAAACAUUAUCUUUUCUUUUAUCUUUUAUCGUUUUACUUCUUUCAGUCAUUUGAAUGCAGCCAUGCUGGAGCAGUGCUUUGAAGGGUUUUAGUUGACCAAAUGAACCACAGAACUUAUUUCUUUUAAAACUGGGCACUUAUUUUAUCGGUCUAUUUUAUCAAACUGCUAAGUUACUGGAACGGAAGCACACCAGCACUGGUUGUCAAGUGGCGGUUGGGGGACAAAUACAGAUACAAACACACACACACACACACACACACACACACAUAUGUACAUGUAUAUAUGUGACUGGCUUCUUUCAGUUUCCAUCGACCAAAUCCAUUCACAAAGCUUUGGUCAGCCUGAGACUACAAUAGAAGACACUAGCCCAAAAUGCCAUGCAGUGGGGCUGAAGCCAGAACCAUGUGAUUGUGAAGCAAACUUCUUACUACAUAGCCACACCUCAGAAAGAAACCUAGCUGUUUCUUGCUAUAAGAAAGUAAGUAGAAUAGCUAUCUGGCAAGCAAAGGGUGAGGCUGUCCUCUCAACCACUAUGCUGCUGGUUGACAAACUCUGGUGAUAAUAUUACUCCAUUCCUCCCAAUCCAUGGUGCUGGCCUUAGCAUGCUUGAGGUUGAAGCACUGUGACUUCUAGUCUUCCUUAAUUUGGUUCACCCAUGUCUUCUUUGGUGCAUUGCACUGGAUUCUCCAGUGAGUGAGGCACUGCUACGACAAAGCUGCUCAUCCUGCAGAUGUGGCCAAACCAUCAGCCUCUCCCACCAGACUUGGUUUCCAAUGGUCACUGUUGCUGGCAUUGUUCUUGGAUGUUCUUGUAGUUCUUUUACUUGUUUCAGUCAUUUGACUGUGGCCAUGCUGGAGCACCACGUUAGAAGGUUUUAGUUGAAGAAAUCGAUCCCAGAACUUAUUCUUUGUAAACCUAGUAUUUAUUCUAUCAGUCUCUUUAGCCGAACUGCUAAGUUAUGAGGGCAUAAACAUACCAGCAGUGGAAGUCAUGCAAUGGUGGGGCGGGGACAAACACAGACACACACAUAAAUAUAUAUAUAUAUAUAUAUAUAUAUAUAAGACUGGCUUCUUUCAGUUUUCAUCCACCAGAUCCACUCACAUGGCUUUGGUUGGCCAGAAGCUGUAGUAGACAACACUAGCCCAAGGUGCCACACAGUGGAACUGCAGCCAGAACCAUGUGGUUGGGAAGCAAGCUUCUUACCACACAACCAUGCCUGCACCUAUGAUAAAUAUAUCCAAAGCAAAGUUUUGUCAUGGGCCACUAAAAUACUACCAUGGACCCCAGUUGAGAACCGCUUGGUGUUAGUUGUGUUAGGAUUGUUAGGAGCUUGGUUAGUGAAAGGCAACUUUAUGUGCUUACACACUCAAGCAAACAUGCAAGCACAUUCACACUCUUAUACAUACAUAUAUAACUUUUAAUUUUUCUACCCGCUACCACAUGUGUAUAUAUAUAUAUGCACACAUCUAUGAAAGGCAGCUUAAGCUUAAAUAUGUGUUCCCAUAUAUAUUCAUAUCUAUCUCUACACAAUCAUAUACACAUGCACCUAACUCAAAAAAAUAAUGAUAAUGAAAUAUAAAAUAUAGCUGCAACUUCAAUGCUUGUUAUCUAUUCUAGUUCAAAUAAAACUAAAAGAUUUGGCCAUUAAUCUAUAUAUCUGGAACUGAUGUGCAUCUUUACUCACAUCAUUUUAGUUAAGAGGAUAAAUGUAUAUAAACAUAUAAUACAAUAAUAAUGAAGGAAUUUACAGGCAUGAGUAUUAUUAUUUUUUUUUAUUUGAUGAGGAUGAAGUAAUUUUCAACCAUUAUUAUUUGAAACAGUUCUAUAUUUAAGAGAUGGGGAAUUAUGUACAUUAUUUACAUUUUGACAGAUAUUUGUCCUCAUCUUGUUUGUUGUUAACACAGCAUUUCGGUUGAUAUACCCUCCAGCCUUCAUCAGGAGUCUUGGGGAAAUUUCAAACCUGGGCAUAGGGCUUAGUGGUUAAGAGCGUGGGCUACUAACCCCAAGAUUCCAAGUUUGAUUCCAGGCAUUGACCAUAAUAAUAAUAAUAGUUAUAAUAAUAAUAAUAAUAAUAAUAAUAAUAAUAAUAAUAAUAAUAAUAAUAAUAAUAAGAGCAGCAGCAUCGAAAAAUACUUUAAGGAUGAGAACCCAGGUUUGAAAUUUCCCCCCAAGGCACCUGAUGAAGGCUGGAGAGUACAUCAGCCGAAACAUUGUGUUAACAACAAACAAGAUGAGGACAAAUAUCUGUCAAAUGUAAAUAAUGUAAAUUAUUAUUUAAAGUUUCUAUAUUCUUGUAGUAACUGGUUAUAUGUAAUAAGCUUAGUGUCAAUCGAAAGAAUAUACUCAACUAUUUACUAUUUUACCUUGGCAGAAUUCAUCAUCAUCAUUGUCAUUACCAUCAUCAUCUUUAUUUAAUGUCUGCUUUCCAUGCUGGCAUGGGUUGAACAGUUUGUUUAGAGCUGGGGAGCUGCAUCAGGUUCCAGUCAUGUUUUGGCUUGGUUUCUACAGUUGGAUGCUCUUCCUAAUGCUAGCCGUGUUACAGAGUGGUAUGGGUACUUUUUUUGUGGCACUGGCACUGAUGCAUUUUACAAGGCACCAGUACGAACAGGGUUACUGAGUAACUGGCAAAAGAAAAAUCAUCCGUGUUUUAGGUUGGAAUCCUUAAGAGUCACUACAAGUGGUUGAUGUUAGGAAGGGCUGCCAGUUGUAGAAAUCAGGCCAAACCAGGCUGGAGCUCUGUGCAGUUCUCUGGCUUACCAACUUCUCUUAAACCAUUCACCUCAUCAGCAUUGAAAAUGGGCGUUAAAUGGUGAUGUUGAUGAUAAUCGUGUGUGUGUGACUGUGCUUGUUUUCAUGUGGGGUUCCUGUAUGCAUGUAUUUAUAUUUAUAUCUGUAUUUCUGUAUAUCUACAUGUGCACAUAAAUGCAUGUACAUGUGUGUUAGUGUGUAUCUAGAUAUGUAUGUAUAUCUAUAUAUCUACAUAUAUAUGUAUAUGUGUGUGUAUGUACGAGUGUAUAUAUAUAUAUAUAUAUAUAUAUAUAUAUACAAAAUGGCUGAUAGCUAGCAAGGUGAGACACACAUAAGAAAGAAGGAAACAAAGGACCACUGAUGAGGUCACAGAAGUGUGACGAAAGAACUCUGGCCGAAAUAAGAUUAAGAUUAAUGUAAUAUAAAGCUGAAGCAAAUUAACACCAAAUAUACAGUGCGUGUGUUUUUAUUGGCUAAACUGGCAAUAUGACCAUCCCCAAGUACAACAACAUAUAUAUAUAUAUAUAUAUAUAUAUAUAUAUAUUCAUUUAAUGUCUGUGUUCUAUAUUGGCAUGAGUUGGAUGGUUUGACAGGAACUGACCAGCCAGGUAGAUGUCCAGAUACCAGUUGUCUGUUUUGGCAGGGUUUCUACAGCUGGAUGAUCUUCCUAAUGCCAACCACUUUACAGAGUGUGCCGGGUGCUUUAUACAGACACGAGUGUGUUUACAAGCCUGUAUAGAUGGAUGACCAUGAUUUUACUUAGCUUGACACCUCUUCUCAAGUACAGCAAAUUGCCACAUCUCCUGAUCCCUUGUCAUUUCCUCAGUGAGGCCCAGCGUCUGAAGAUCCUUUCUCACCACUUCAUCCCAUGUUUUUCUGAGUCUACCACUUCCACAAUUAGAGCUCGGCACUUCUUUACACAGCUGUCCUCAUCCAUCUGCAUCACAUGACCAAACCAGUGCAGGCUUCUCUCUUACACAUAUCAUCUAAUGCCUCUUAUACCCAGUUUUCCACUUCAGUCACUUACACUCUGUCAUGCAUGCACACAGACAUUACCCAUCCAGCUUCAUUACUCAUGCUAGCUUCAUUUCUUUCAAGCCUUCGCAAGUCUUCUGUAGUCAAAGUCCAUGUUUCACUGCCAUGUAACAUAGCUGUACGUACAGAGGCCUCAUGCAAUCUACCUUUCACUCUGAGGGAGGGGCCUUUAGUUACGAACAAAGGUAGAACCUUUCUAAACUUUGCCCAGCCUGUUCUUAUUCUAGCAACUUACACUUUCAGAACUACCUCCUCCACUGCUAACUUGGUCACCUAGGUAACAGAGGUUUUCUACUAAUUCUAAUGAUAACCCCAAGCAUUUGAGGGAGUCUAUUGCUUGUGUAUUAUUAGUGCUUAUUGUACCCACACAUCUGCCACACACAAAGACUAUUUUCUCUGUUAACCUUCCUGUGAUAUUGCUAUACCUCUUAGGUGUCCAAAGCUUGCACUGGGUACAAAGUAAGGAGUUUCCACCAACACCCUUCUUACAUACCAAGCAGCACCUUCUCUCUGAAGGGACUUGUGAUUUGUCUGUUUUCUUACUUACUAGGACUCUUGUUUUUGCUAAAUUAAC